UUAUAAGGUAUACACACGAGCAAAUAAGUAAUCCCUGAUGACUUAAAAUUAUUGUUAUCUCAAUUACCUUGAUUUAUAAAAGCAGAUAUGCGAUAGUUUGAAGGAAGUUGUAUUGUAUUAUUUGUUACAUGAAACGUAAGUGAAUUCAUUAUUCAAACAUUAUGUUCUUAAUGAAAUUAGUUUUUCAACUAUCUAACUAAAUAUUACAAGCGUCACAGCCAACUCUAUAAUGAAGCAAUGAAGCUCAUUUUUCGUGAAGUUUUCAUUACAUUGAUAUUACAUAUGCGUCCUUUUGUCUUUAUCUUCUUGUAUAAAAGUAUUUUUUACAUUUUAUAUUUAUAAAUAAGGUUUCUCUUAUAAGGGAGAAUGUUCAAAAAUGCUAAAUAAAGGUAUCAUUAUCACGUUUCACUUGUCAUUUACACUAACAUUUCAAACUUGUCAACGUAUCAGGUUAAUUUAUUAUCAUUAUGCCAUUGUGUCACAUGCAUUUGGGACUUUACGAUUGUUAGAGGGCAGAAUUUUACGCGGAAAUUUAAAAGAAGAUAUUUGUCGAGUCUUAUGUAGUUUAAUCCAUCUAUUAUUGAUUAGGAAAGAUUAGAUUCUUUAUCAGACUUCCAACGCGAUUGCUACUUGUCAUGUGCGUUGAAUGGUAUAUUGAACUUAAUUGUAAUAUAUUGAAGUAUAUAUAUACAUUAUAUGUAUGCGCGCAGCGUUAUAAAUUGUCUAAAUUGAAUUGUUUUCCUGUUACUUGAAUGUAAACAACAACGGAGUAUCGAAAGAUAGUUAUGGAAAAGAAAACAGGGGACACCAGUCUCAGCACUGACCUAAAUGAAGAUGAUGAAAAUCAGUAUGCUAACAAUGAAAGAUAUAAUGAUACAAAUGGACAACAUUUUUUACUUCCCGGUGUACACUCACGUUCUCCAAAAAUAGCUGUAGAGUAUAUUAGAAGAUCUGACAUGAAUAGAUAUAGUCCAGCUCUGAAGAAUCUUAUACCAAUACGUCAUGGAAAACAGAAUAAGGAAAGUAUGCCAGCGGAUAAGGCUGGAUUAUUUUCAUACAUUUUUUAUACAUGGAUGACACCAUACAUAUGGAAAGCAUACAAAAAGGGUAUUGAUAUGACAGAUGUACCAUAUAUUUCAUCUUAUGAAACUUGCAAAUAUAAUGCACAUAGAUUGGAGAUACUAUGGCAAGAGGAAUUAGGUAAACGUGGUCCACAUUUAGCAUCAUUUCCAAUUGUUGCCUGGAGAUUUGUGAGAACCAGAAUAUGCAUAGCUUGGUUGUUAUUAACUUGUUCUACAAUUUGUGGAUUUAUAAGUCCUAUGAUAUUGAUGAAAAAAGUAUUAGAACAUGUGCAAUCACCCGAUGAAAAUAUAUGGACAGGAAUAAAAUGGGCAUUCUUAUUGACAUGCUGUGAUCUUUUACGGAUAGUAUUUUUCAAUUGGACUUGGAAUACAAAUAUUAGAACAGCAUUAAGAUUGAAAUCUGCUUGUACUACUCUUUUAUACAAAAAAAUCAUUAGAUUGAAUAGCCUUGAAAAUAAGAGUACUGGAGAGCUGAUUAAUUUAUUUACUAAUGAUAGUCAAAGACUUUUUGAUGUAAUCGUUUACGGACCUAUGAUAAUUAGCGGUCCAAUAAUUGUUACUUGUGGUAUAAUUUACAUAUUAUGGGUAUUUAGCCCAUUGGCUCUUCUUGGAACAUUUGCUUUUCUUCUGUUCUAUCCCUGUCAAUACCUGAUAUCUCGUGUAGUAGGAUAUUUUCGUUCCAAGACUGUUGUGAUUACCGAUACACGAGUAAAAUUAAUGAACGAAAUCUUAGAAUGUAUAAAGCUAAUAAAAAUGUAUUCUUGGGAAAGGUAUUUUAGUGGCAAACUUCUUGAUACACGAAAAAAAGAGGAAUAUUGGUUACAUAAAACUGUAUAUUUUCAAAGUCUUGCCAUUUCUUUAACGCCUGCUGUACCUGUUAUAUCAGCAAUCAUUACGUUUCUAGCUCAUUUAUCUUCAGGCAGUAAUUUAACUGCUGCGCAGGCUUUCCCAAUUAUAACAUUUUUCGGGAAUAUGCUGAGAUUGGCACUUGCCUCCCUUAAGAAUACCACCCGAUAUUUUUUCGACGCUCGUAUUGCCUUUAGAAGAAUCAAGGUAUUCCCCUUCGUAUCAUUACUCAAUUCCCAAUUUCGUUCUUCUUUCAUGUUUUUACAAGUGGCCCUGAUUAAUAUCACUGAGUCAAAUAUAACUCUCAACAGAUUACAGAAUGUAUUGCUUUUAGAAGAGCACACAUGCCAAAUAUCGAAACCAAUUGUGAAAUCACAAGCUGUAGCCAUUGCUAAUGGUUCAUUUGUUUAUAAAAAUUCUACUUUGCAAACUAACAAGUCAAAAAAUGUUAAUACAAAUAAGAACAAAAUUGUAUGGAAUUCGAAUGACAGGUGUGAAUUAGAAAAACUCAAUGAAUCUUCCAAAGAAAGCCAAUACAUAGAAGUAUUGACGGAUAUUAAAUUUGGAGCAGCAAAAGGUGGAUUGAUAGGAAUUUGUGGUCUUGUAGGAAGUGGAAAAUCUAGUCUUCUACUUGCUGCCUUAGGGCAAUUAAAAAUGACAAGCGGCCAUAUACUGAGAGAAGGUUCUUGUGCUUAUGUCAGUCAACAGGCAUGGAUUGUUAAUGCAACUCUCAAAGAAAAUAUAUUGUUUGGAAAUCCAUUUGAUGCCAAACGAUAUUACCAAGCAUUGACAGUUUGUAAUCUAAAGGAAGAUUUGAAUAUGUUACCAGGGGGGGAUGAAACUGAGAUUGGAGAAAGAGGUAUAAAUCUUUCGGGGGGACAGAAACAAAGAGUUGCCCUUGCUAGAGCACUUUAUGCUAAUAGAGAUAUUUAUUUUCUGGACGAUCCAUUGAGUGCAGUGGAUGCUCAUGUAGGUUCUUAUAUUUUUAAAAAUUUAAUUCUCGGAGCACUCAGGAACAAAUGUGUUCUUUUUGUAACUCAUCAAGUGCAAUUUUUAAAACACUGUGAUCAAAUCUAUUUAAUGAACAAAGGAAGAAUUGUAGAACAAGGUACACACGACGAACUAAUGCAAUUAAAUAGAGAAUAUACUACAAUGGUAAACAGUACAGUAUUAAAAACGGAGGAUAAUUCAAAAGACAAAAAUUCUACAGUGUCCCAAACAGAUAGUGACAAUCUUAGUUUAUUGAAACAAAUAGAAAUUAACUCUACAGAUAAUUUGGGAAAUGGUGAUACAUCGAAAGAAACACGUGGGAAAGGAGCAUCUCUUACUACGGAGGAAAAGGUAGAAACGGGUACCGUAAAAUCGUAUACAUAUCAUACAUACGUAAAAGCCGCAGGUGGUUACAUCGUGGCUAUUGUGGUGUUUUUUACACUUUUUCUAAAUGUUGGAAGUUCUGCAUUUAGUUCUUGGUGGUUAGCUAUAUGGAUUAAAGCUGGUGGUGGAAACAUCACCAAUCUUGAAACGAAUGAAACCAUAAUAUCAGAUAAUUUGAAUGACAAUCCCGAUUUCACAUAUUAUCAAAAAAUUUAUGCUUCUUUCAUUGGAGUUAUUUUAUUGACAAGUCUACUACGUGGAUUAGCUAUUACAUACACUACGAUAAGUGCCUCAACAACACUGCACAAUAAAGUUUUUAAGAAAUUGAUUAGAUCACCGGUAACAUUCUUUGAAGUUACUCCCAUUGGAAGAAUACAAAAUAUUUUUAGUCGAGAUAUUGACGAAGUUGACAAUUACAUACCAAUAUCUGUAGAAAAUAUGGUUCAGAAUAUUUUCACUUGUAGCUUUGCAAUUAUAUUUAUAUGUUCAAUACUACCUUGGUUCUGUUUACCAUUAAUUGUUCUGGGCGUUAUAUUUUUUUAUGUCGGCAAAGUUUUUCGAGUAGCAAUGAGAGAUUUUAAACGAAUGGAAAGUAGCUCACGAUCUCCGGUUUUGAGUUUCAUUACAACUACUGUUCAUGGAUUAAGUACCAUUCAUGCAUUUCAAAAAGAAAAAAUAUUUGUAACCAAGUUCGAAGAAUUAUUUGAUUUAAACAGUUUGUGUGUUUAUCUUUGUCAGUCAGCAAUGAGGUGGUCUGCAGUAAGACUUGAUAGUCUAGCAGCUGCUUCAUCAUCUAUUACCGCGUUUCUAGUAAUAGCGCUGAAAUAUCAAUUAUCUCCAGCCUUAGCUGGUUUAGCAAUGGCAUAUUCUACCCAAAUGACAGGCGUUUUCCAGUACACUGUAAGACUAAUGGCAGAAACAGAAACGCGCUUUAUAAGCGUUGAAAGAAUAAGUUAUUAUUUGAGGAAUUUGCAAGAAGAAGAUACCCCUAAGAAGGAUGCUAUAAAUCCUUCGAACGACUGGCCCGCUUAUGGCAAAGUAGAAUUUUCCAAAGUUCAGUUAAGAUAUAGGAAAGAAUUACCAUCGAUAUUAGAUAACAUUUCAUUUGUUACUAAACCUGGAGAACAUAUAGGUAUCGUGGGAAGAACGGGCGCUGGAAAAAGUUCUCUUAUCGUUGCUUUAUUUCGACUAGUCGAAAUAUCUGCUGGAAAAAUUAAAAUUGAUGAUAUAGAUAUAGGAAAAGUGAAUCUAGAACUACUGAGAAGCAAACUGUCGAUAAUUCCUCAGGAUCCGGUUCUGUUUAAUGGAACUAUACGAUCAAAUUUAGAUCCUUUUAAAGAAUGUAGUGAUUCUGAAAUUUGGAGCGCUUUGGAGAAAACUAAAUUGAAAGAGAAAGUAAAAAAUAUAUCAGGUCAAUUAGAUGCAUUUGUUGAAGUUGGAGGAGACAAUUUGAGCGUUGGAGAGAGACAACUGCUUUGUUUAUCAAGAGCACUUUUACGUAAUGCAAAAGUAUUGGUACUGGACGAGGCAACAGCUGCCGUUGAUCCUGAAACUGAAGCCGCUGUACAAAGUACAAUACAAAAUGAAUUUUUAAAUUGUACUACAUUAACAAUUGCUCAUCGUUUAAAGACUGUUGUAUCGUGUGAUCGUAUUAUCGUUAUGAGGAAUGGCCUCACCAUUGCGAACAUAAUUCCUAUUAUGAUGUUGGGGCGCAAGCAGAGCCUCAAAGGGGAACCCGUCUUGGCCGAUUACGGGCCAGAGGAGUCCCUCAAUGAGAGCGCUGACAUAGAAUGGGUGAAUAAGCUAUGGGUUAGAAGAUUGAUGAGGUCCUGUGCUCUAAUGUCUUUAGCUUCAGUUUGCUUAAACACUCCAAAGACUUUUGAAAAAGUUCCACCCCUUCAGUACGUUACCUUUGUUUGUGAUUUAAUUAUUACAUUCUUAUUUACUGCUGAAAUGAUUGCCAAAAUGCAUAUACGAGGUAUACUGAAGAGGGAUAAAUCUUACUUAAAGGAUCACUGGUGCCAAUUCGACGGGAGUAUGGUUGUCUUCCUUUGGUUGUCCGUAAUUUUACAAAUGUUUGAGAUGUUAGGUUUCGUUUUGAAAUUCAGUUAUGUAUCGAUACUACGAGCACCACGUCCCUUGAUCAUGAUACGCUUCCUACGAGUCUUCCUUAAGUUCUCUAUGCCGAAAGCUAGGAUCAAUCAAAUUUUCAAACGUUCGAGCCAGCAGAUAUACAACGUGACACUUUUCUUCCUUUUCUUCAUGUCCUUGUAUGGUCUUUUAGGUGUUCAGUUCUUUGGUGAAUUAAAAAAUCAUUGCGUUCUGAACACAACAGAUCCGAAACAUAUAACGAUUAACAGUUUAGCCAUUCCCGAUACUUUCUGUUCCACUGAUCCUGAAUCAGGAUACCAAUGUCCAGAUGGGAUGACUUGUAUGAAACUUGAGUUGUCCAAGUACAUUAUAGGUUUCAACGGUUUCGACGAAUUUGUUACCAGCAUUUUCACUGUUUAUCAAGCCGCAUCUCAAGAAGGAUGGGUUUUCAUUAUGUACCGUGCAAUAGACAGUCUACCUGCUUGGCGUGCUGUUCUCUAUUUCAGUACAAUGAUAUUUUUUCUAGCAUGGCUUGUGAAAAAUGUCUUUAUUGCUGUCAUCACAGAAACAUUCAACGAGAUACGGGUACAAUUUCAACAGAUGUGGGGAGUCAGAGGACAUAUCAGUAAUAAUACAGCAUCACAAAUUUUAACUGGUGACGAUAAUGGCUGGAAAUUGGUAACGUUGGAUGAAAAUAAACACGGAGGAUUGGCUUCUCCUAUAUGCCACGCCAUACUUAGAUCUCCUCAAUUUCGUAUGGUGGUGAUGUGUGCAAUUUUGGCGAACGGUAUCACUACGGCGACCAUGAGUUUCAAGCAUGAUGAAAAACCACGGCACACUUAUUACGACAACUAUUACUAUGCCGAGAUUGCGUUCACGAUAUUCUUGGAUCUGGAAACGUUGUUCAAAAUCUGGUGCCUAGGAUUCCGCAGUUAUUACAAGCAUUCGAUUCACAAAUUCGAGCUGUUACUAGCAAUUGGUACAACCAUUCACAUCAUUCCGUUCUUCUAUCUUUCUGGAUUCACAUAUUUUCAGGUUCUUAGGGUAGUCAGGCUGAUUAAAGCAUCCCCAAUGUUAGAAGACUUUGUAUAUAAAAUAUUUGGACCUGGAAAAAAAUUAGGAAGUCUUAUAAUUUUUACCAUGUGCCUGCUGGUUAUAUCAUCCAGUAUUUCUAUGCAACUUUUCUGUUUUCUUUGUGACUUCACGAAAUUUGAAACAUUUCCAGAGGCAUUCAUGUCUAUGUUUCAAAUUCUAACACAAGAAGCUUGGGUUGAUGUUAUGGACGAAACAAUGCUAAGGACACACGAGACAAUGGCACCUUUCGUUGCCAUGUACUUUAUUUUAUAUCAUCUUUUCGUCACACUGAUUGUGCUUAGUUUGUUCGUUGCCGUUAUUUUGGACAAUCUUGAAUUGGAUGAAGAUAUUAAGAAAUUGAAACAAUUAAAAUUUCGUGAACAAAGUGCCGAGAUAAAAGAAACUCUACCAUUUAGGUUACGAAUUUUUGAAAAAUUCCCCGACAGUCCUCAAAUGACAUGCUUGCACAAAGUGCCAUCAGACUUCAAUCUUCCAAAAGUACGCGAAAGCUUCAUGAGGCAGUUUGUAUUUGAGAUGGAAAAUGAAGAAAACGAGGGGGUGAAGAAAAUAAAUGAAACUUUCGAUUCGAAAAUGAUAUACAGAAAACAACGUCCAGUAAAGAUUUUAAAUAAUCCACCAAAAGUAAGAAAUGUUGUUACCAAUCUGAAAAAAGCAGCUGUUAUUUAUAUCAUAAAUGAUUCAAACAAUCAGAGGCUAUUACUAGGUGAUUCUGCUAUGAUACCAGUACCAGGAAAGGGUCUUUUGAAGCCUCAGGGUACUGUUAGCAGUGCCAAGCAAUUACGCAUAGAUCAAAAGAAAUCCAUUAGAAGAAGCGUUCGUAGCGGAUCAAUCAAGUUGAAACAAACUUAUGAACACCUAAUGGAAAAUGGUGAUAUCGGAGGUAUAAAUAGAGUUAGUUCAUCUCGAAGUAGACCGCAUGAUUUGGACAUAAAAUUAUUGCAAGCUAAACGUCAGCAAGCUGAGAUGAGAAGAAAUCAACGCGAGGAGGAUUUGCGUGAAAAUCAUCCAUUUUUUGAUACACCAUUGUUCGCGGUACCGCGAGAGAGUAAAUUCCGCAAAAUCUGUCAGUCGCUCGUUUAUGCGAGAUACGAUACAAACGUGAAAGAUCCGUUAACUGGAAAAGAGAGGAAAGUUCAAUAUAAAAGUUUGCACAAUUUUCUUGGCUUGGUCACGUACCUCGAUUGGGUAAUGAUCUAUGCGACGACGAUGUCUUGCAUCUCCAUGAUGUUCGAAACACCACGAUAUCGCGUGAUGGAAGUACCGGCGUUGCAGAUCACCGAAUACGGUUUCGUGAUCUUUAUGAGUAUCGAAUUAGCUCUUAAGAUUCUGGCGGACGGAUUGUUUUUCACGCCGAAGGCCUAUAUCAAAGACGUGGCUUCCGUUUUGGACGUUUUUAUCUACGUCGUCAGUCUCGUGUUUCUCUGUUGGAUGCCGAAGAGCGUGCCACCGAAUUCUGGGGCCCAACUUCUAAUGAUCUUGCGAUGCGUUAGACCGUUAAGGAUCUUCACCCUUGUACCGCACAUGAGGAAGGUCGUUUACGAGCUAUGUAGGGGCUUCAAAGAGAUCUUAUUGGUGUCUACUCUGUUGUUUCUGUUGAUGUUCAUAUUUGCAAGUUAUGGGGUGCAACUUUACGGAGGUAGAUUAGCUCGUUGCAAUGAUCCCACUAUAUUGAAACGUGAAGAUUGCGUUGGAGUGUUCAUGAGAAGAGUUUUCGUGACGAAAAUGAAACUACGACCGGGCCAAAAUGAAAGUUAUCCAUCUAUACUAGUGCCACGAGUCUGGGCUAAUCCUAGACGAUUUAAUUUCGACAAUAUCGGUGACGCGCUGAUGGCACUUUUCGAGGUACUCUCUUUCAAAGGUUGGCUCGACGUUAGAGACGUUCUUAUCAAAGCUCUUGGUCCCGUCCAUGCUAUUUAUAUCCAUAUCUAUAUUUUCCUGGGCUGUAUGAUUGGUUUAACAUUGUUCGUUGGUGUUGUUAUCGCUAAUUACUCUGAAAACAAAGGAACCGCGUUACUCACGGUCGAUCAAAGACGAUGGUGUGAUUUAAAGAAACGAUUGAAAAUUGCUCAACCAUUGCACUUACCGCCCAGACCAGAUGGAAAGAAAUUUCGAGCCUUUAUCUAUGACAUCACUCAGAACAUAUAUUUCAAAAGAUUCAUCGCUGUCAUGGUACUAAUAAACAGUGGUCUUCUAUGCGUUUCUUGGAGAAUCGAGGAAGAACACACGGAAGCACUCGCUACGGUGUCCACGAUUCUGACACUGAUCUUCCUUGUAGAGGUAAUUAUGAAAAACAUUGCUUUUACACCACGUGGCUAUUGGCAGUCCAGAAGAAACAGAUAUGAUUUGCUCGUGACAGUCGUCGGUGUUAUUUGGAUCGUCAUUCAUUGUACAAUGAAGAACGAUUUGUCAUACGUUAUCGGCUUUAUGGUUGUGAUCCUUAGAUUCUUCACCAUUACCGGGAAACAUACGACUCUCAAAAUGUUAAUGUUAACGGUUGGAGUAUCCGUUUGUAAAAGUUUCUUCAUUAUAUUCGGCAUGUUUCUUCUUGUUUUCUUUUAUGCGCUAGCAGGCACUAUCAUCUUUGGAACAGUCAAAUACGGUGAAGGUAUAGGAAGGCGUGCCAAUUUCGAAUCACCUGUGACUGGUGUUGCCAUGCUAUUCCGUAUUGUCACCGGAGAGGACUGGAAUAAGAUAAUGCACGAUUGCAUGAUACAACCGCCGUAUUGCACUCCGGCUGCUAAUUAUUGGGAGACAGAUUGCGGCAAUUUUCAUGCUUCCUUAAUUUAUUUUUGUACUUUCUACGUCAUUAUUACAUACAUUGUCUUAAAUCUUCUGGUGGCUAUUAUUAUGGAGAACUUUUCCUUAUUUUACUCCAACGAAGAAGAUGCAUUAUUAUCUUAUGCUGACAUCAGGAACUUUCAAAACACCUGGAAUGUUGUUGAUAAUCAUCAGAAGGGUUUCAUACCAGUGAAACGGGUGAAGUUUAUUUUACGGCUAUUGAAGGGUAGAUUAGAGACUGAUCCACAAAAGGAUCGGCUUCUUUUUAAGCAUAUGUGUUAUGAACUGGAAAAAUUAAACAAUGGUGAAGAUGUUACUUUUCACGAUGUCAUCAAUAUGUUAUCGUAUCGUUCAGUUGAUAUAAGAAAAGCUUUGCAACUUGAAGAACUGUUAGCAAGGGAAGAAUUUGAAUACAUCAUCGAGGAAGAAGUUGCAAAGCAAACUAUUAGAAAUUGGUUGGAGGGUUGUUUAAAAAAAAUUCGAGCAAGUGGAAAACAGCAAAAUAGUCUUGUGGCACGUUUGCGUGCGAACACUGAUCAACCUGUACCUCAACAAGAACAUCCAGAAGAAAAAGGGAAGGAAGUAGCUAAAGAAGAAGAAACUGAAAUAAAGGAUACAGAAGCAGCUAGACACAAAGUGAAAAAACCAGGGGUUCUUCCAAGAUCAGAUAGUAUAGGUAGUGGAUCAGGAAGAAAGUAUUUGACUCCAACAUUGUCAGAUCCUGCCUCCAUUAGAUCUGAGAAAGAUAAGAACACAGCACCUAAGAAAAGAAACAAUAGGCCACCACCGGCUGCGAAAAAUAAUUUACCAAAUCUCGCAGAAAGCACAGAACCAACCAGACAACAGCGAGAAGUUGUUAAUGCAAAGACAACUGUACCAAAACCUUCUAGUGUUAUGUUAGAAGUUCGGGAAUGGUGGAAAGAACAAUUGGCAUACAGUAGCGAGUCCAGUGAAGACGAGGUUUAAAUAAAUUCGUGUCUUACGAUGGGUAUUUUUAAUUUCAAAUAUGUGUUGAAUAUUUUAAAAAAAUAUUUCAAUCAAAUUGAAAAUGAUCCAAACACGCGUCAUGUUUCUUGUACAUAUUUUAUUUUUAUUUUUCUGGAGACAUUAAAAAUUGGUCAAUCGAAUUUAUCAAAAUAACAUUCCAAGAAGAAAGACCUGUAUUCAAUAUUAAACGUUUUAAUGUACCUUUUUAGUUCUUACCGUAUAAUUUCACAAGGUAGUUUCAUAUGUGAAAAUUUGUAAGCUGGACGUAUAGUAGAAACAUGUAGAAACAUGAUUUGUAUUAAUUUUUUAAUUGUUAGUUUGUAUUAGAGUAGAACAUUUAGCAACAGUAUAUUAUAUUGGAAUGAUAACAAAUAUUAUUUUAUUACUGCACGAGGGAAUUGUAAUAUAUAGUUUUAGUUUUUGAACUAUUUUAACGUAUCAUUUGAUACCAAGCUUUUCGAUGAUUGUUCAUUUUCAUCCCUCAUAAUUCAACUUACAAAUACUCAGGUUCCACAGAGAUUAAUGUUUUGUAGAUAACAGCGCAUUUUUGAUAUAUUAAAGAUAAUUUGUUAAUUAAGUAUGUUAUAUAUAUAUAUAUAUAUUUUUUGUGCUAGUUAUUGGUGUUGAAAUGUGAAAUUUGUACAGAAUUAUAAAAUUAGAUACAGUAGGUUUUAUACAACAUGAAAUGUUAAAUCAAAUUGAUAUUGUCAAGGAAAACUGUGAGUACAAUGUGAAGUUUGAUAUAUUUAUGUAAAGAAAUUAGUACGAAUUUGUUCAUUUUCGAUAGAAACAUUACGUCCUGAAGGCCUGUAUUAUAACGAUAAGAAAGUAGGAAAUUUAAUACUGGUAGUUAUAAAGCUUUUGCAUAUGACUGUAAAUGUAGCGUUUUUGUUAUGCAUAUAGAUAUAAUAAAACCUGAAUGAUUUGAUACAUUCCACAAAUAAUGAUUUAAUAAUACAAAUCGCUUGGAUAAAACAGAGUAUAUCAUACUGCAAUAUCAUUUCGAGUGUAUGAAGUUGAAUGAUAUAGAUAUAAUUGAAUGAAAUGAAAAUGUGAAUAGAAGAAAUUGUAUAUAAAAAAAAAAUGCCUAAAUAUUAGAGAUAUAUAUUUAAACGAAACAGCACAACUAUUUAUAUCUAUGUGAUAUGAAUUAGUUUUAUAUAUAUAUGUUAUAUAUAUAUAAACAUAAAACAGAAAGCCUUAGAAAUAUAAAUAUUGUUUACAGUACUGUAAUGAAUGUUGAUCACUGUUGCUAGUUUAUGUGCCAAUAUGCUAUACUGUAAUAUGAAAAGAUAAUAAAUGUUGAUAGACAUAA